AUUCUUUCCCCUCUCUAUGGGCUGAUUUCUUGAUCGGCCUAAUCUUCUUCACCAAAAAAUCCGCCGACUCUUCGCGAUAAUCUUCGCCGAAGGAAAGGAAAUCUGCACCCACAACGAAGGAUAGUCAAAAUCCGCUGAUUCUUAGCGGAUUCUUCGCGUCAAUUCUGAGAUCUGCUACGUAAACAUCCGCUUAUUCUUUGCGUCAAUUCUAGAAUCAGAUGAUAACUCUCAUUCUACACCCAACAAAAGAAUACAAGAGAUGGAGCAUUGUAAUGUAGAUGAGGAUGAGCCAACGAAUCGCAGAUUAUAUUCAGACCUAAUGCUCUUGCCUUGGUUG